UCCAACAUAAACUCCUUUGAUCCCUCAGCUCAGCUCCUCCCAAUCAAUCAAGAUCCCUCCCUGCCCACAACAAAAAAUUAAAAUGGGUUUUGUUGUUGAGAAAACAAUUGGAAGUGUGUUGGUGUCUUUGGUGAUGUUGUGGGUUCCGGCGUCGAUGGGAGCAGUGUACAAGGUCGGAGAUGCCGCAGGUUGGACCACCAUUGGCAAUGUCGACUACAAGCUAUGGUCUGCUACCAAGACCUUCCAAGUUGGCGAUGUUAUUGUUUUCGAGUACAACCCUCAAUUUCACAACGUGAUGCAAGUGACACAUCCUAUGUACCAGACGUGCAAUGCAUCAUCCCCUAUUGCCACUCACACCACCGGCAACGAUUCCAUCACUAUCAACACCCACGGCCACCAUUUCUUCUUAUGUGGUGUCCCAGGCCAUUGCCAGUUCGGACAGAAACUGGACAUCAACGUGCUACGCGCCGCCGAUGUUUCCUCAAGUCCCACACAGUCCCCCACCGCAUCUACUACUGCACCUGCGCCUUCUCCUAGCCACGCCGCUGCUCCCUUGCUUUUGCUUGCCAAUCGGAUCGCUACUUUUCUCGCACUCUUUUCUAUGCUACUCUUAUACACUAGUAGUACUAAUUAAGUUACCAAAUUUUGUAUUGUAUUUUAUUUGCUUUUAUUUUCAUUUGGAAUGAUCGAUGUUCAUGUAUUUUUGUCACUAUAGUUUUUGAAAUCCGUGGAGUAAAUAAAUGCCGUACUUCUCAUUUACUUUCAA